AUGCCUCUCCGCAGCCCGUUACCCGCGUUCGCGCCCUCCUCGCCCCUCCGCCCGCGCAGUCCUCUUUCCGCGCAGUCUCCCGUCUCCCCGCACGUCAGCCCCGCGCAUGCGCCUACCCGUUCCGCCUCCGCCAAGAGCCCCCUUUCGCGCCGACCGCUCGGCCGUUCCGCCAGCCCCCUGCAUACAGUUGCGCCGCACCCACCUGCGCUGCUCUCACCUGCGCCGCUUUCACCUGCGUCGAAUUCACCUGCGCUGCUCUCCCCUGCGCCGCCAUCACCUGCGCCGCUCUCACCUGCGCCUUAUGGGUCGACUCUGAAGUCGCCUCGGCGAGGAGACGGAAGCGGCGGGGCCCGCGCAGGGGCCCGCGUUCGUCAGGCGACCCAGCCUGCUGUCGCGCGCGCAACCGCCCGCUUCUCCUCCGCCCGCCUCCAUCCCGCCCGCCUCGCCUCCGCCACUGCCCUCUCCGCGCGCCUCCCAUCCAUCUACCACAACACGCGCUCAGCCUCCGCUCUUCCGCUCUCCCCUUCCCCUCUGCUCCCCCUCUCAUCAUCCAAAGCGCGCCCAGUCUCCCCCCUGCGCCCAGUCUCCCCCUUGCGCCAAGUCUCCCCGCAAAUGCGCCCAGUCUCCCCCCACCUGCGCCCCGUCUCCCCCCACCCGCGCCCAGUCUCCCCUAAAAUGCGCCCUAGUACUCCCCAGCGGUCCCCAGCAACCCCCCCAGUGCCGUACGCAAUGCGCCCUGUCUCGCCCGCCGCAAUGCGCUCUGUCUCGCCCGCAAUGCGCCCUGCGUUGCCCCACCUUUCCCCCACCUCGUACGCGCCACACCCUCCCUCCCCCUCCCCUCUCCUCUCCCCUCCCCCGCUCCUCCGCGCCCCUCCCUUUCCCCUCCGCCCUCUCUCCCCCCUCCUCCGCCCGACUUCCCCCACCCUUCCCCCUGCCACGCCGUCGUUCCUCCGACCAUCCGCGCAAUUCCCCCCAUCCCCGCAAUCCCCCCCGUCUCCGUCUCUCCUAGACACCACUUGCCGUCCCAUCAACGCCGCUCUUAACCCAUCUAACCAUCACAACGCUCCACCCUCUCCCAACCCUUUCCUCUCUCCUUCCUUCGCUCCUACCGCUCCCAACACCUCCUCCUCUCCGAGACCAUCCCUCGCCCCUCCCACACCCUCGUGGACCAGCGAAAGGGAAAGUCGAAGCGCAACAGUAACAGCAGCCGCCGCCGCCGCCGCCGCUUUCGCAGCAGCAGCAGCAGCAGCAGCAGGAGGAGGAGGGGCGGUUGGCGCAGGAGGAGGAGGAGCGGAAGCGGAAAGGGGGGGGAAGGCGAGGAGUGGAGGGAGAGGCAGCAAGGCGGGAGGAGCGGAAACGCGUCGAGCCGUUGGGUUGUCGGAGCUGGCGCGGGGGAAGGGCGCAGCUGUUACCAGGGGCGUGGGCGGCGGUGGCAGGGCGGCGGCAGGGCAGCAGCGAGAGGGGCACGCCAAGGCGACGGCAUGCGAGGAGCAGUGGUCGAGCCAAGAAGGCGUUGCUGCACCCGCACCUGUUGCUGCGCCUCUGCUCUCUGCUUCUCUUGCCGUGGCUUCCCACUCUCCAGGUCAAGCUUCCCCGCUCGCGCGGAGAGAGCGCAACUCGCGGGGAGACCUAGACCUUUCCCCCCCACAACUCACCCCUCGCUCGUCCCACCCGCCUUGCUCCCCCUACUCCCCCCGCUCUCCCCACACGCCUAACUCCCCCCACACCUCCCGCGCUUCCCCCACGCCCCACUCCCCACUACGGUCCAUUACCCGUGAUCCACGCACCAACUCCCCUCUCUCCUCCCCACUCACUCCCCCCCAUCCUCACUCGCUCUUCUCUCCCACCACCACCCCUCCUCGCCCUCCCCUCCCCUCCCCCCUCUCCUCCUCCUCCUGCUCCACCCUCCCUGCUCCCCUCUCCUCUCCCCUGGGAUCUCCAGCACCGUCCCUCGCUCGCCGAGUCUCCACCUCAGCUUCGGGAGCUGGUUCGGCACCAGCCUCUGGGAGAUCACCCGCGCGGAGCUGGAAAGAACGCAUGGACGCCCGCUCGCUCUCCCUCCUCCCCCUCUGCGCGCCCUCUGACGGGUCGAAGCCACGUGGCGCUGCUGAUUCAGCCAGUGGUGAUGGUGGUGCUGGUGGGUGUUAUCAUGACCAGCUGAAGCAGCUGAACCCAAACCAGUUGCUGCUGCAGGAGCAGCGAGAAGAGCAGCGAGAAGAGCAGCGGGAGGAGCAGUGUGAGGAGCUUAAGCAGGAGCCGAAGCUAUUCCGACACAAGCAGCAGCAGGAGGAAGAGAAGUGGGGGGAUUCGCACCAGCAGCAGCAGCAGCAGAGAAAGGGGCAGGGACAGCAGAAUCAGCAGGGGAAGGCUCGGGUGCGACGUGGCAGUGUGGCAGUGGACGGCAUGGGCGACUCGUUCCAGGAAUUCAGGAGCCUGCGGCCAGCAGAGUUUGUCCUACGCCGCACAUACUCAGACGUCCACACCACCUAUACCAUAGACUACCAGGGAGCACCUCUUGGCACCGGGCAGUUUGGGGUCACCAGAAGGUGUUGGAGGAAGAAGGGGAUGAGUGGUACAGGGGAGGAGCUAGCGUGCAAGACGAUAGACAAGGCGAGCAUCAAGACGCAUGAGGACGCGGAGGAUGUGAGGAAGGAGGUGGCGUGCCUGGAGCUGCUGGCAGGGCAUCCCACUGUUGUCACCAUCAAGGACGCGUUUGAAGACUCCCAGCACGUGCACAUCGUUACGGAGCUCCUAGCGGGCGGCGAUCUCUUCGACAGAAUCAGAUCGCUCCGCCGCCUCUCCGAGCCGUCCGCUGCCCGCCUGUGCGCCGCCCUGAUCGAGGCCCUGCUGCACUGCCACUGCCGCGGCAUCGCCCACCGCGACAUCAAGCCCGAAAACAUCCUCCUUACAAGCCUCUCCUCCGACUCCGAUAUAAAGCUCAUCGACUUUGGCGUCGCAACAUCCUUCCAACGCGGUGUGCCACUAACCGAUGCGGUCGGGACUCCGGAAUACAUGGCUCCCGAGGUUCUCCGGCAGAGUUAUGGCCCGGAAGCGGAUAUAUGGAGCGCGGGGGUGGUUCUUUACGUGGUACUUAGCGGCGCGCCCCCGUUUUGGGGGUCUAAAAACAAGUCGGUGGUGGAGCGGAUACUCAAGAAAGAGGUGGCAUUCAGAGGGGCCAAGUGGGAGGGCGUGUCGGAGGAGGCUAAGGACCUGGUUGCUCGCAUGCUGGUGAAGGAUUCGAUCAAGAGGAUUGGCGCUCUUGAGAUUCUCGAGCACCCGUGGAUUCAGAAGUGGAAGCAGGCUCCUCGCACGUGA